GGCAAUAUGGGGAGACAACCGGAACCAGAUACCACACACGAUGACGAAUCUGGCUAUGAAUCUGUCGGAAAGAGGGAGAUGCUGUGGGCAGUGGAAUCCAUUUACAGCGCUGUAAAGGAUGGAUCUGUCACUACAAGUGACUACCAAUUCAAGUUCACCACUGCAAAAUAUAAUAAGCAGGCUGGAAGCUGUAAUAGACGUGCCAGGAGGAGUUCAUCGUACGAGCCAGAAUUUAGUGUUGAGAUGCUUGUCGCGGUGAAAAAAGCGUUUGAAGAUAUAGAGAACGGAUCCCUGAAAGAAGGAGGCUACUAUUUCGAGCUCUCUACUCCUCACUUCCAAUUCACGUCGGGAUGCUACCCUCGACAGGAGAAAGAAGGAGGUACAUAUGUGGACGAUAAACAAGAGCCUAUACUACUUUGCAGUCCCGAUGACAAAUCCUUUGUUGCGGGUUUGCUUUACAUGAUACACGUUAUAGUUGUACUAGAAACUGUAAGGACGUUAUUGUUAGCAUCACCAGUCGGAGCAAACCAUAUCACCGGAGGGGGACAGCACUUGACACUUACAGCAGGAGAAAACGGGAUCAUUCCGUUUGCAUGCAGGAACGAACAGCAGUUUGCAACCAAGUACUACACUGUCAAGUUCGAGGAGAAAGACCGCCCAUUUUACAUAAAUGGAAUUUUCGACCCAGAAGGACUGACGUCGCCCGAUCAGGCCGAAAGAUUUAGUGUUCAGUAUUUUGAACAGGGUAGUGCCAUGUCCGUCGAAAUCAACAUAGCCUCUGUGUCCGUCGAAGAUCAGGGGACAUACAUUGUUGUCCUCAUUAUCCAAGGGGAGACAAACGAGAAUCAUUCAAUGAAAAAACAUGUCCUUAUAUUUAUCCCUCCCAGUCCAGCAGUUUGCUUUUUAACGCCCAGUGAAAGUAUGGAGAAUUUUUACGAGGUGCACUGUCAUUCAAAACCGGGAAGUGGUGAUUCAACCCUCACUUGCUUUCAAAACGACGACAAAAUACCAUAUCAAAAAGAUGGCGGUGAUACACAAAUUGUAUAUAGACGAAUAUUUUGGCUCAUGGAUAUAGAUAUACCUGUGUUCUGUUGUUCUCAUGAUAUCACGGAAAUGGGUACUAUUACCCAAACGUCAUGUGACCAAUACAGACAUCCCCGAAUCGAACCAACAAAUAGCCCCAUCUCACCAGGAGAUAAGAUACCGACUAAAAUUGUACAAACAACAAAACCCUUGUCUGUGGAAGAAGAAAAGAAACAACCUUCCCUUGAAAUCACACCAUAUUCUGGGUGUAUUCGGAAUGCUGAUUGGCACGCUGUUAUCCUCCCUCUAAUGGCGUUGUUCACAUAUAUGUGCAUAUCCAAUCCUUAGUUCAAGUUUAAUACAAUUUCAAAUGGGAGCAAUUAUUUGAAUGGGUGGGUCAACCUCGGCGCUCUCCAAGUGAAAAAAAGGAACUCCCACCCAGCCCACCUACACACACACACGCACACACACACACACACACACACACACACACACACGCACAUAGACCCCCAUUCACACCUUUCGCACCCAUGGAAUAUUGGAGUGCUGGUGGGAUUCGAUUUGGCAUGAUUCGCGGGAUGUGAUCGUAUUAAAGGGAUAGUUGAGUUCUGUUGCAGAGGGCGCUACACA